GAUGAAGAGGGUGAUGAUGAUAAUGAUAUUCUAUUUGAUGGCAUACGUUUAGGUGGGGACCUAAUGCCUGAUUCUAUGAUUGAGCAGAUACUCACGAGAAUGCCUGCCAAAUCUAUAGCCAUGUGCCGAUGCGUGUCGAAAACUUGGGCGUCAAUAAUCAGUCGUCCAUCUUUCACAGCCUUGUUUUCGAGUCGAACAAGGACUCAUCUAUUGUUUGUAUGCACUCUAGACUGGCCCAGUCGAAUAUACCACCACGGGAAUAUCUUGACGUCACCUUUGCCUUGGACUCGAGAAAUCUUCGGUUAUUUUCUAGAUGUCAAUCAUCAGACAGAGCUACGUCAUAAAGUUGGAGAUCAAACUUUUACCUAUGUAAAUGGUUUGGUCUUCGAUAUGCAACCGUCUUUUUGUGGAAUACACAACCCCAGCACCGGCAUGUCUUUUACCGUACGCAAUUCUGAAGUGGUAAGAGGCAGCAUUGGAGCGCAGAGUUACUUCGGUUACGAUCCUAUCAGCAAAACGUUCAAGAUUUUGGCAAUGACAACAGCAGACCUGAUAUCUAGAAACCAUUGUUGUCACACAGUAAGGGCUGGGGAACGUUACUCGUGGAGAAGCAUCAGUUGUGGAAUAGAGCAUUUCCCGAUGAAGUGGAAACCGGUAUGCAUAGCUGGACAUAUAUUCUAUCCAGCUGCAUCCAGGUCUGAUGCGCCGAUUUCAAUGGUGAUAGACUUUGACCUCAAUGCCGAGGAGUUCAGCUCAAUCAAUUACUUUGAUAUUCAAGCUUCUUCGGAGGCAAUUUUGUUUGACUAUAAUGGGAGUUUGGCUUCUUUUGUGCUGUUGGAACACCUGGUAAGCUUUGCUUUGUGGGUGUUAGAGGACCGCGUCAAACAAAUUUGGGUGAAGCAUAUUCAUGUGAUCCCAAAUCUUCCUCUGGAUUUUAGUGGGUAUGGCUUUAAAUUUGUGGGAGUGAUACACACAAACGAAACAGUGUGGUUGCAGAGUACUGAAAUUGUGGGUCCUAGUUGGUCUCUUCCCACUGGGAUGUUCUUUAACACCGAUACAAAGACUGUGAAGGAGAUCAGUUUCAACCCUUUUGAUAAAUCUAAGCGUAAAAGGUUUGGAGUCUCGGUAGGUCACAUAGAAUAUUUGAGAAACCCGUGGGAGGAGUAUGAAGCAGUUGCUCUUUUGAAGAGCAGCGAGGAUGAGGAGGAGGGUGUUAAAGGCAAUAUCCGUUUCAUCCAGGAAGGAGAAGAAUGUCCAACCACAAUGGCUUUAACAGUCUAUGGCCUUAAGCCUGGUACAUACAGUAUCAGUGUGAAUGAUGUCGUUCUAAAAACGUUUGAUGUCGCUCUAAAAACAUUUGAUGUUCAUCAGAACAUACCUUUCACAAUCGAAAUCAUUGAUGAUAACCAGAUUCCUCUUGCUGGUGAAAAAUCAAUUUUUGAUAAGUCAGUGUCUAUAGUCACUGAUGGGGGACAUGUCGUUUCUAAGGGUGUCAUUAAGCUGCCAUUUUUAGGAUCAUAAGCUUAAUUUCAAAUGAAUAAUUUAUGCAAGUGUUUUAAUGUAUUAGUCUUCGUUGUAUAAGAAUAUUUAUCAAAAAAAUCUGAAGUAAACUCAUGUUUUGUUCCAGUA